CAAUGAAUACUAGAAUAUAAGAAUGGCUGCGACUCCAACUACGCUUGAUAAUUUUACACCGAGAAUCACUGCGUGGGAUUUGACAACUCUUAGCAAUGUUAGCACAACGCCAAAUACAACAACAGCGGAAUCUUGUGUUUCAUGGGUAGACCUCAACAGAUAUUUCAUGUUCAAUCUCAUCCCGGCGGUGUGUAUAAUUGCAUUGUUCUCGUCUCUCCAACGUCGAAAAGCUUUGUGCACAGGAUGUUUGAAUGGAAGACCUGCUGUUUUGAGUCCGUUGGACUUUAUCCAGGGUCAUUCCAAGCGCUUCUCCUACGCCGCGGCAUUUGGUCUCACAACGGGCCUGUGUCUUCAAAUGAUCUUAUUAAGAGAACUUGUUGUUCCACCUAGCUUGGAGACUCCUAGUUACCUCAUAACGUUCUACUACGUCUUGACUGUGAUCAUAUACGGAACAAACUUCUACCCUGUGUUUGCUGCUCUCUUUCUUGAUUCUAUCAUUAGCUACUCCGUAGGGACAGUCUAUGUUUGGAUCUACAGCACCAUAUAUUUGCUGUCUCUUUACAAUUUGUGUACAGACAGCAGCCUUGCUAUGUGGGAAACAUUAGGUCAAUUGCCUAUCAUAUUAUGCUGUGUAUACCUCAUGAUAGGCUUUCCAUUCAGGCUCAUCAUUAGCAUAAGAGAUAGAAACAAAGACAAGAGUAUUGCUUGGAGGGAACAUUACCAAGCUAAAUAUGUCACCAGUAUGUUUGCUCCUGCCAAGACUGAAAUAGUACCUGUUACAAUCAAAGAAAAGAUACUGGACUUUCUCAGGUCAAAGAUGUACAAAAGCGUCAGUGGUUAUCGUUACUCAACUCGAGUUGUUUCCACAACUGCAGUUACCCUUAUCAUGCUGUAUAUGAUUUUUAUAACAUGGAUGGGUGUGUACGAAAAGCUUGUUGUACUUGUGGCAGAUGCCAUCAUCCCUCUUAUAGAAGCGCUCGGCGCCUCGCCGAUUGUUAAACUUGUUGUUGACGUUAUAAUGGAGAAGACAGUUGAUGAAAACACGUUUCUUUAUAUUCUUCAUUUAUAUGUGACAAAUAUAAAAGUGAGUUUCGUGUUGUCGACAACCCUAGCAUUUCUUUUGGUGGUCUAUAAUAUUCUUAGAAGCAUGGCAUGUUACAGGAAUGACCAGCUACUACUAUAUAAAGGGAACCAUCCGAACCUCCCACCUUUGAAAGACUUGGGCUGUAGUACGAUGAUGACUGGAUUUAUACGCUUCGCUGGUUUCCAAGUUGCGUAUUGUGCAUGGAGUUUUAUAAUGAUUAUGUUAGUGUUGUUCCUGGUUACGUUUUUAUUGGGUGCAGUAAUCAUCAUACCCCUGACACUUGGCUAUGGAAAGUGGUUCCUUGUUGUGCUGAACGGUUUGUGGCCUGUGAUACUGAUAACAUUGGUAUUGAUGGUAGGACAGAUUCUGUUAUCCAGAUUUGCUUUCUUACAAGAGAGAGGCGCUUUCCUUGCAGUCAAUAACAGACGGUGGUUGUUUCUGUUUACCUACUAUAUGUUCUUCUACAACAUCUUCCUGGGAUUGUUCUCGGCCUUAAAGAGGAUCAUAUUCUCUAUUGUGUUCGGAGCUAUUUUUCUCGGUAGAUUGGACAUAUCUUCGUUGUCUAGGUACUUUGAACAGAAAGAUCCAGGUUAUGCAUGCUACUUAGGCCUGUUGUAUGUGGAACAUUGUCACAAUCAUCCUAUAUUAGUGACAUUCUGUAAUAUCCUCAUAGAUGAUCACAACAGGAAACAUCGUCUUGGGAGAUACAAGUCAGGGGCAGUACGAGAUGAAGAGAACGCCAAAAUCAAUGGUCACUGUGGCAAAUACCGUGAAUUCAAAGACGACAAAUCAAGGAGGUCCUUCAAACGUGCGCAAAUGCGAUGGCAAUUGGU